CAAUAACCGUGCAUUUUCCCUAUCACUUGGGUACCUGUUUCAGUGAACAAAAAUAUGCCGGAAAGUGCAGAAAAUUUACAAAAGAGAGCUGCACUAGAUGAACAAGUUAAUGUAAAAAGGCAGAAGAGUAACUCGAAACGGGCUCUCAUUUUGCAAGAGCUACCAAGUUCAGAACGCUAUGUUCGCUCGUACAUGCAUAGAGAUGAUAUAAUUGACUGCUGUUUCACAAAAUCCCACUUUCUAAUUACUACGUCUAUUGACGGUCAUAUAAAGAUAUGGCAGAAACGAAUGGAUAACAUUGAGUUUAUAAAAGACUUCUCGGCUCAUGAAUCAAAGGUUAUUUUAACCAGUCUUAGCGAUGAUGAAAAAAUGUUUGCUUCCUGUGACGAGAAAGGAAAUGUGAAGGUAUUUGAUAUACAAAAUGUGGACAUGGUAAACGUGCUCUCUGUAAAAUUUACACCGAAAGCAUUGUGUUGGAUACGGAGAAAGUCCGCAGAGUACCUCCUUGCAGUGACAGACUCUGAUUCUCCUUUAAUUUAUAUCUACAAUGCUGAAAGUCGAGGCGAUGUUCCGGAAUUAACAGUGAAAAAACAUGCCCAACCAGUUCAUCUCCUAAAAUACCUCUCAUCUUUUGACAUGUGCAUAUCCGUUGACGUGGGAGGAAUGAUUGAAUACUGGUCACUUGAACCUCCUCACACAAAGCCUGACAAUUCCCAGCUUUUUCGUCUUAAGAGUCAAACCGAUUUAUAUCUUUUUAAGAAGACCAAAGCGGUCCCGAUCAAUUUGACAAUUAGUCCUAACAAAAAGCUCUUUGCGACAAUUUCACAACCUGACUGGCAAAUACGGGUAUUCGAUUUGCUGAGUGGGAAAGUCGUCCAGUGUUACGACGAAAGCUUGCCAACAAUUGAGAAACUUGUAAAAGAAGCAGAAGAGGAUCCUAAUAAUUCUUAUCACAUGAACCAUGUUGAACUCGGGCGGCGAAUGGUCGUUGAAGUCGACAUCCGCCGAGCCGCAUUAACAUCAAAUCUCAAUGUUGUAUUUGAUGAGACGAGUCAACUCAUUUCUUAUGGAAGCUUUAUUGGCAUAAAAAUCGCCAGUGUUUACAAGCAUGAGCUGCUUCGAAUUCUCGGUAAGGAGGAUGGACUACGGUUUACACGUCUUUCUCUUUAUCAAGAAGCGCCUGAGAAAAGUAUUGCUACAAAUUUUGAUGUCGUUUCAAGUAACAAUCCUCUUUUCAUCAAAAGCCUACAAAAAGAUCCUGUCCUGGCUGCCUGUGCAUGGAAGAAGUCGCGAUUUUACUUGUUCUCUAGCAAGCACCUAAAAACCUUAGCGGACAGAGAUGCUUUCAACGAAACUUUACAUGCCCAUGCAUCCCUUACUGCGGCUACGAAAAAGAAGCCUGUCAUUCUCGGCAAGGCAGCAAUUUUGCACACAACUGAAGGAGACAUUAGCAUUAAACUUCUACCAGAUGAUGCACCUAAAGCUGUGGAGAAUUUCACAACACAUGCCCUGAAUGGGUAUUAUGAUAAUACCAUCUUUCACAGAGUUAUCAAAAACUUCAUGAUACAAGGAGGUGACCCAGAAGGUGAUGGUACUGGCGGUGAAUCCAUAUGGGGAGAGGAAUUUGAAGACGAGUUUUCUGAUCGUCUAAAGCAUGAUCGUCCAUACACUGUUUCCAUGGCGAAUGCCGGACCAAACACGAAUGGAUCCCAAUUUUUUAUAACAACUACGCUGACACCUUGGUUGGACGGAAAACACACCAUCUUUGCUCGUGCGUAUGCCGGGAUGGAUGUUAUUCAUCGGAUUGAAGAUGCUGAAACAGACAAGUACGAUCGUCCUCUCCAGCCAGUAAAAAUUAUUAAUAUCACUAUCGUGAAAUGAAACCAUAACGAUGUAUCUACCAGUUAUUUAAUUUACUUUUUUUUGUCUCUGAUUGUACAUAGAACGAUAACAAAUGCUUCAACCCAUUAUAUAAUAACGUGCUUACUUUUAUACAAUAGAGUUCACAGUGAAAACACAUACAACUACUAACUGCUGUACAAUUACUAGAGCAUUUUUUUUGUUUUU